GUGUAUAGCCGAUGUGCAAAUUUUGACAUUACAGUCAACUCCACCAAAACAACAAAUAAAUUGCCGGUCGAUUUAUGACUCACUUUAUAAAACUAAGUAAAGAGAAUUGUCUCCUGUGCAUUUACUUUGGCUCCAAUUAUUGACGGAAUAAAUAUAAAACUAGGCUUCUUCUGACAGAAAUUCGAGCUUUUCAAAUUAGCUUUGUCAAAAAAUUUUUCCACAGCAGAAUACAUGGCAGAUCCUCGCUUACGUCAGUUAACAAUAAAAACAGGUGUUGUCAAGCGUCUAACGAAGGAGAAAACAGUUUGCGAGAAGGAAGUGGUGACAGAGCAGAAUCGUUUGGAAAGAUUCAAGGGUGAAGGUGCUGACGAGCAUGUUUUAAGAAAACAAGAAGAGGUGAUAUCGGAAUGUUUAAUGAUGCUUCCAGACACAUUACGCAGAUUAAAAAAAGAAUUAGAAGUGCUUGAAAAAUUUCUAGUAGACGAAGAAGAACUUAAGGAAACAAAGGAGUACGUGACCGCCACGCAGGUAGUAAAUGAUGCGAAGGAAGUACUGGCAAAGAAAGAUUAACCGUUAUGCUACAAAAAAUUAAACAAGUUCCAUUUUAUACGAUUACAUUACUUGCAUAAAUCCGCCAUUUUAUUUAACUAUUUUGAAGGCUUGGAUUUAAUAACAUUUUAAUAUAAAGAAUUCAUCUAUUGAUCGGAUACACAUUCCAAAAAUUUUGAAAUAUGUCACAAUAUCUUGCGAAAGAAUUAAAUGGAGAAAAGGCUACGCAUCUUAAAAUUUGCAUUGAGACCAUACGUGCCAAUAUUGAGAAAUUGGAAAAAUUUGCGAACGAUAAUUGUGAUGGACUGCAUUUAGAUAGCCUUAAACAACAAACUGAUAAACUUCUUCAUUUCGCAGAGCAGGCACCGCUGGAAAAAAUUGCAAAAUUAUUGCAGAGAAAUAAGCUCAAACGCCUGAAAAAGAAAGCUAAGUUAAAAAUAAUUAAAUCUAAUUUAAAACUUCGGAAUAAGUCAAUGAAUCUAACAGCUUCAACGAAAUCAAAUAUAAUACAUAACUCCGAAAUACCUUCAAAACCCUCGACUUACAAAGCGCUUAUAAACUAUCAAGCGGAAUCAUUACAACCCAAACUUCAUAAGCGCUUAUUAAAACGACAUGAUGCUCAACGUUUCCUUGAGACAUUUGAAUUAUUAAAGACAUUGCAUAUUUCUCGUGAACAGAAUGCAGAAAACACGAAGAAAUUUACAGAACAACUUAAGAAUCUGCGAUUCUCUUGGAGCAAAAUAUUAGAAGAGAACGAAUCUGAAUGUGCACAAGAACAGCAUGUUGAAGAUCAGUGGAACGAGAUUUUCUUUGGCGUAGAUUUACGUCCACACCAUUGUACUGAGCAAAAAAUGGCAGAUUUCCUGCGGAUUCGCCGAAUUUGGGAUAGUUUUAUAACACGAAGUAAACAUGGAACAUUCAUACCGUGUGGUUGGGUCCUUCCUCCAGAAAAUCCUGCAAUCGAAUGGGUACCAUAUAGGACAUCUAAUUAGCUGAAAAACCACUUGUUGCUUUUAUUAAUGCAUUGUAUUUCAUUAUUUUAAUUUUUUUAACAUAAUCAUUACUAUUUUUGCCUCAUCCUUCAACUUUCUGAAAUCUUUUUUAUUUAUAGAAAUAAAAUAAUAGUUUUUAUAUAA